CAAACAGACGCUUGUGUGAACAAAUAAACUCGUAGAACUCAUUCAAACUAACACAACGAAGCUCAAACUAUGUGUUUGACGUGAUUUGUUUGUGUUCGUUUCGAGGAUAAAGCGCGCUGUAAAGUGUCGCGCUAACUUUAAGCUAGCUCCGAGGAACCGCCUCCUGCCCGUGACGCCAUGAACGUAGAAACCCCGCGGGGGGUGAGAGCACGGAGGGCUGGGGACUGAACCCUCCUCGGCUCGGCGGUGGUUUGUUGUGGUGAGUGUGUACCAUGGUGACAGAGGCUCCAGCAUCUGUUCACUUUAGUUUAGCGGUUUUCACGGCAACAGAGGAGCGACCCCUGCUGCUGCUGCUGCUAGAGUGUGUAAAUCUGCCACCGUGUGUCCUCAGAGAGAGAGAGCUGCUUAAUUCCUUCCAUCUGGCAAAUGAGAUAAACCCAUUGGAAUAAACAGGGGGGAGGAGCAGCAGGAACAGCAGAGGCAUCUCCUCGUCCUCAGGACUGACAGAUGGGUCCUCAUCCUCGUCUGAACCUCAGCACUGACCUGCAGUCUGCACAAAAUCAACAUGUGACAAGUUCCACGCUGCGUUCAGAUUCAUGAGGAUGAAGAUAACGGGCGCAGGUGAAGCCGGAUGAGGAGGAGUUUGCUCCUGUCGCAGCCGCAGACGAGCCAUGUGAAGAAUUUGUGACUAUGUCACAUCACCAGUCUCCUCAUCCGCCAGGGAUCGACGCGGAAACGUUUCCAAACAUGGACAUCGCAGAGAGCCUCGGAAGUCUUGAGUCCAGUCUUCUCGAAUCUGAAGAUGAGGAGGAGCUGCAUCUGGAGUCUUUCACGGCGCCGGUCUUCACAGACAAACCAAAAGUGAUAAAGUCCGGCAAGCGGGCGUCUCCUGAUGCUUCCUCACGUCAAGAGCCGAGGACACCUGGAGCCACGAUAAUGAAGUCUGACUCGCUCAGAAACUUGUGUCUUCGUAAGACGCCAGACUUCUCCAAAGUGCUGCCCAGAGUCCACGUCCCCAAAGACAGCAAACCUAGCGUGUGCAGACGCCCGUCAGCGAGGGAAUCCCCGUCUCCCGAGCUCCACCUGAACCCGGCCGACUACGUGAAAGAGGCCCUGCUGAACACCUCUGACGUCGUCUCCAACCCCAAGGUGCAGAAGACCAUCAUCACGCUGGUCGAGCGGCUGCAGGAAGACUACAGCAAGCUGCUGAUUAAACAUGCAGAAGCGGAAAACACCAUCGAUCGUUUGCGUUUUGGAGCUAAGGUGAACCUGUUCUCUGAGCCUCCGAAGCCGAGCUGCUCGGUGCCGUCAGAGCUGAGUCAGCACGCGUCCAGGUCCAUGACGCUGGACUUUCCUCAGGCUCAGAGACCGGAGCUCGGCUCAGCUUCUCCUCAGACAAACGGACACGGCGCCGAGCCGAGUUUGUUCUCCGAUACGUCAGCUCUGAGUUCUUCAGCUCAUCACGGCCUCAACAUGGGACAACACGCCGCUCAGACUCUCCACAAUCAGGCUGCCAAGUUCUUACAGCAGCUGCUCACCUUUGAGGAUCUCCUGAAGACCAAAACACCUCCACCGUUUCAACAGAUGAAGGGUCUCUUACAUCUCUUUGAAGAGCUCAACUCUUUGGAAAUGGGCUACCUGUUGGCGAGGGACGAGCACAAACUACAGCAGCAGUGCGGGGACGACGUGACGCCAUUUGACUGUGAACGUGACCUGGAGGAGCAGAUCCACCAGUUCCGACUCCAUGCGGAGGAGCUGAAGGAGCAGGUGGAGCAGACGCUGCACAACAAACCCACCUGUGAGACUCCGCCCUCUCCACCUCCUCAAUCCUCACCUUCUUACGUUCACCCAGAGGGGGAGGAAACCCGGGGGCAUCCACAGAUCUCACCUGUGUCAGGAGCAGCUGAAUCAGACGGUCAGGAGUCUGCUGUCAGCAGCAGCAGCAGCAGCCCACAGUGGAGCUGCACGUCCUUUUCACCGUCACACGGAGCCGCCGCCGCCGCCGCUGCUGCCACCGCCGCUCAGUCCACCUCACCGUCCGUCCAUCGUCAACAUCACCACAUUUGGGCGGAGCUGAGAAAGUCGAACAGCAGCAGUCUGAGCAGCCUGGCAGAGAUUCCUGCUCCUGAGAGGAGGGAGAGCAAACUCCAGCCCGGGAGCAUCAGAACAGCGCCUCCUCAGGACGGACUCAUCUCUCCAGAGAUGGACAGUGGCUUCGUCGGUUCAGAGAGCAGCCGUGUGACUCCCGCUGCAGCUCACAGUCCUCUCCACCAGAUGGCAUCACAGAGGGAUCUGGAGCAGCUGAUCUGUCACGCACGACUGUGUACGAAGAACCUGAUGGAGAUGAUGGAAGGCAAGAUGCAGGAGGAGUCCGCCUGUGAGACUCCGCCCACUCCACCUCCUCCUCCUCAGUCCACACCGCCUUCGUCCGCUGUUCCCUCAGAGGCUGAAGAAGCGCGGAGGUUUUCACACGUUCUUCCUCCUCCUUACGCGUCUCUGAAGGUCGGCCCAGGAAAGACUGAGUCAGACGUUCAGGAGUCGUCCGUCGUCAUCAGCAGCGUCAGCAGCAGCGUCGGGUCCAACCCAGCGUCACACAGAACCUCUGUUCACUCCACGUCACUGUUCACUCACCCUCACCCUCACCCUCAACCUCAACCUCAACCUCAUUCUCAUCCUCGUUCUCGUCCUCGUCCUCGUCCUCAUGCUCAUCCUCACCACGUUCAGAGUUCAGAGAUGAGAGAGUCGCCGAGCAGGAGCAGGUCUCGCCACCAGAUGGCGUCACAGAGGCCUGACGAGAGAAGCUGGAGCGACGAGUUCAGUGAAAUCAGACAAACGUCCUGGACGCCGCUGAAAACCUCCAGCGUGGUCAGACCGAAAACCCCACAGAGUCGAAUGUCUGAAAACAGUCAGAGUGACUCGUUCACCAAGUCCUUCAACUCCCUCUACAGCUCCCACCUAAGCUCCGCCCUCCCGACACCGCAUCGCCAUGGUGAUUCUCUCAGAACUACAGCAUCCAGACAGGUGGCAAAUCAUGAACCCGAGGAAAUCUGUUCGAGCGAUGAAUUCAAUGAACUCAGGCGAACUGCUCGCACGCCGCCGAAAGAAUCUCAUACAGUGGGACAGAAAACGCCACAGCAUCACAGAGGCAAGCCGAGGCUGGCAGUUUCUUUUAUGCAGCCGUCCACGUCGUCGUCGCAGUCCCAGCCUCAGAUGAACAAGGGUCUCCACUCGUCUCCUCCUGCUGCACCAGCAGAUGAAACUGACAGCAGAAAUCGUCAAGCUCCACCAUUUUGUGUUGAAUGUUCAGCACAUCGACGAUCUGAACGACAAGUUCGAGGAAACAGGACGUCGCCUUCCUCCUCCUCCUCCUCUUCGUCUUCCUCCAGCUGUCUUCGAUGUCCUCGCUGUGGACGCCUUCAGCCGCACAGAGACACAGAACCAGACUCUCGCAGACGCCCUGAAUCGCGCACACACACACGCUGCCAAACUGCGGAGUCGCCCGACGGAACGACAAGGAGCCGACGCGCCGUAGCUCCGCCUCCACUGCCACACUGCAUGAUCGUGGGUCAACCUUUACUCGUGUACCCACUGCCCGUCCACGUUUCUCCUAGCAGCAACAGCCCGGGUUCAUCACCAGGGGUCACCAGAGGUCACGACGUAAGCCGCUUGCCGCCGCCGCCGCCCGUGGAUCAGCUGAGCUCUCUGGACUCUUCUCUGAACAGAGCCAUCAGAGCGGCUCGACGCAUGAGACACACGUCCAGACACAUGGCUCACUCUCAGGCUCAGGGACUGCACUAUCACAAAUUGCUGAGUCAUUCCUGAAGCCCCGCCCCCUCAAGCAACAAGCCUUCAAAGAUAAUUUUUUUUUAUUGGACAAUUUCUGACUUCUUAUGGACCAAACACAUUGAUGAUGAUAUUUAAUGUGAGUCAAUGCCUUAGUUUCUACAUUUAUUUAGUUUCUCAGGGGUGCACGGAUCUGUGGUAAGCACCAGUGCCUCACAGCAAGCGGGUUCUAGGUUUGAAUCCCGUUUCGACUGCCGUGUUGUUCUUAUCUCAACAAAGGUGCUAAAAUCAUGCAGGACUGUAGAUCAGUUUCAUUGAAAAUGUUGUUAAUCAUAUUGAUUUUCUAACUUCUGUUCAAAUAUUGUGGUUGUCAUGAGUUAAAGGGAUAAUUCAGGGUUUUUUAGGUGUGUUUGCAUGAGGCAUUGACUCACACAUUCAGAGCUGAAGCCACCGAAAAACAAACACAUUUUAGCAAAAUCGUUAAAAUCAAAUCGCUCUGGCACCAAAGUCCAUAGAGAAAACCAGCAUUUUUAGCUUGUGGGUGACACAGGAGCUGCUGUUCGUCUGCUGCCUCGUGUGGUCAGUUUAUGUCACUCAGCUGAUUCUGAGCAAAUGUUUUCAAACGAAGACGUUACAAUAUAACACAUUUGAUUUUACUGAUGGAAGCAACAGUGGAUCAACGACUCCUCCUGUGUGCUGUGAUGUAAAAUCACUGGUUUUCUCUGUGGGGUUUGGUGUGAGGACAAUUGAUGGAUUAAUGGUGAGUUUUACUUGUGUUCCCAUGCAGGGGGCGCUCACCACACUUGUGUGUCGUCAGUGCCUCACACCAACACAAUUCAAAAAGACUUUUUUAUUUAGAGGCAUUUGUUGAUCAUGUGAUUAUAUUUUUGAUAAUUAUGUGCCACAUUUGUGUGCAGUUUGUAGAAAGAACUUUGCUCAGGAUUUUGUUUGUAUUUUACUUGUUUAUGACAUAAAACUGUGACUCUUUAUGAACGUUGUUAUAUGUCCAUACAAUCCAGAUAUUUUUGAACAA